AUAAAUGAUUAUUUUAAGAAUUAAUUCUAAAUUUAGCAGAGAAAAAAUAACCUCAAUUAAUCCUCAUUUGAGUAACAUUCUUUAUGAAGGACCAUCUUGGGGAUAAAUCUCAAUUAUAGAGGACCACCUAGGUAAUUAAAACUUAUUGAAGACUGAUUUGGAAAAAUACCUUAUUACAAAGGACUAUUUUGGGAAUAAAUCUCAAUUAUAGAGGACCUUAGUACACAUUAUGGGUAUUAUACAGAAAGUGAAAGGCACUCGACUUUCUCCACCAACAUUGCCCCCAAGAUGUGACGGAACCAAACCUGUGCAGUGGUUAGCUAUGGUAUGUGAGUAUUUCCAGUUUUAUGAAGUUCCUUUAGUUGAUCGUUUGAACCGUGUGGCAUCAAUGUUAGAUGGCUCUGCCUUGGCUUGGUUUAAUUGGCGUAUGCGUGGUGGCUUGAUUGAUGGUUGGGAGGAUUUUAUUGAAAAGUUCAAGAUUCGAUUUGCUUCGUUACAUGAUUUGGAUUAUGUUUGUUUUGAGAACACAUCAGAGAAGUCUAGAGACACAUUUGCCCACAUAGUGGAAAAUGCCAACACACUCCCCGCCCCGACUGUGGAGGACACGAAUGAACAACAGGAAUCUAGCGAAGAAUCUUUUAUCAAGGAGGACAAUGAUAGUGGGUCUGACGUCAUUGACAAUGAUGGUGGUGCUUUUGAUGAAGAUUAUGGUGCUCAACAACCGAAGGUUAAUAUUCUGAAUGAUUCAUCAUUCUCCAAGUCAAAUUUUACACCCCAUGUACUAUAUGUGCAACUAAAUGCCUUAGUUGGGGUGGACAUUUUCGAGUAUGAAAUUCUAAGGAGUGCAGACAAGGCCGCAGAUGAAGAUUAUGCGCAAGCGGACAACUUAGUAUCGUUUGAUACCAUCAAGUUAUUUGACAUUGAUGAUGUUGUCAAGUCCGCGUACCAGGUUUCAGAGGAGGUGGUUCAAGACAAGAAAGUGACAGGCACUCGACUUUCUCCACCAACAUUGCCCCCAAGAUGUGACGGAACCAAACCUGUGCAGUGGUUAGCUAUGGUAUGUGAGUAUUUCCAGUUUUAUGAAGUUCCUUUAGUUGAUCGUUUGAACCGUGUGGCAUCAAUGUUAGAUGGCUCUGUCUUGGCUUGGUUUAAUUGGCGUAUGCGUGGUGGCUUGAUUGAUGGUUGGGAGGAUUUUAUUGAAAAGUUCAAGAUUCGAUUUGCUCCGUUACAUGAUUUGGAUUAUGUUUGUUUUGAGAACACAUCAGAGAAGUCUAGAGACACAUUUGCCCACAUGGUGGAAAAUGCCAACACACUCCCCGCCCCGACUGUGGAGGACACGAAUGAACAACAGGAAUCUAGCGAAGAAUCUUUUAUCAAGGAGGACAAUGAUAGUGGGUCUGACGUCAUUGACAAUGAUGGUGGUGCUUUUGAUGAAGAUUAUGGUGCUCAACAACCGAAGGUUAAUAUUCUGAAUGAUUCAUCAUUCUCCAAGUCAAAUUUUACACCCCAUGUACUAUAUGUGCAACUAAAUGCCUUAGUUGGGGUGGACUUUUUCGAGUAUGAAAUUCUAAGGAGUGCAGACAAGGCCGCAGAUGAAGAUUAUGCGCAAGCGGACAACUUAGUAUCGUUUGAUACCAUCAAGUUAUUUGACAUUGAUGAUGUUGUCAAGUCCGCGUACCAGGUUUCAGAGGAGGUGGUUCAAGACAAGGUUCGUCUUCUCUUAUCUCUCCAGUGCUACACUUCAACCGGCAUGCUCCAUGCAAAAUGCUCAGGAGAUGGACUUCGUCUUGGGGUCAACAUUUGGUCAUAUGUCCAAAAACACGAAUGGGAUCCUCCACCUUGAGGACAAGGUGGUUUUAAGGGGGU